AGUGAUUGCGUUUUCCUCUUAGGCGGCGCCAUUUUGUGCUCAGAGCCGCUACAGCCGCUGGCGGUGUGGGGAGUAGGUGCCGGAGACGGGGAACUCGGGAUGGCGGAGACCCUGGCAGGCUCUGGCGACUCGGGUUCUGGCACGGCCGCGGUUGGUCCGGGCGCCUCGGAGGCGGGGACGCGACGGCUCAGCGAACUGCGGGUGAUCGACCUGCGGGCGGAGCUGAAGAAGCGAAACCUGGACACGGGCGGCAACAAGAGCGUCCUGAUGGAGCGACUCAAGAAGGCAGUUAAAGAAGAAGGGCAGGAUCCUGAUGAAAUUGGCAUCACAUUGGAAGCCACGAACAGGAAGACAGCAAAGAGAUGUGUUAAAGGACAGAAGAUAGAGGAAGAAGGCACAGAAGAUAAUGGCCUAGAAGAGGAUUCCAGAGACGGGCAGGAGGAUGUGGAAGCAAGUUUGGAGAGCUUGCAGAAUAUUGACAUGAUGGAUGUUAGUGUGUUAGAAGAAGCUGAAGUCGAGAACAGCAGUGCCCCAGACUUUGGGGAUGAUGGCACAGACAGCAUCCUCGAUUCCCUUUGUGAUAGCAAAGAGUAUGUGGCUGCACAGCUGAGUGAGCUUCCAGCUCAGCUCACAGAACAUGCUGUAGGCGGGGAAGGCUUUGAGAGCACUUUGGAUGCUUCAUCGUUGGACUUCAAAGUACCUUCGGAUAUUGAAGAACCACUCUUGGAGCCAGAAAAUGAGAAAAUACUCGACAUUUUGGGGGAAACUUGUAAAUCUGAGCCAGUAAAAGAAGAAGGUUCCGAGCUGGAGCAGCCAUUUGCACAGGAUACAAGUAGCGUGGGGCCAGACAGAAAGCUUGCGGAGGAAGAGGACCUUUUUGGCAGCGGCCACCCGGAGGAGGGUGAUUUAGAUUUGGCCAGCGAGUCAACAGCACAAGCUCAGUGGAGCGAGGCAGACACCCUGUUAGCGGUAGUGAAAAGGGAGCCCGUGGAGCAGACAGGCGGUGACGAGAGGAUGGACUGUGAGCCUGUAGGGCUAGAGGAGCCAGUUGAGCAGAGUAGUAAAGCCUCAGAGCGCACAGAAGCCUCUAGCGAGGAGGUCGCAGAAGCGCCCCAGGAAGCCUCAAGCCCAGACCCCAGAGAUAGCAAAGAAGACGUGAAGAAGUUUGCUUUUGAAGCUUGUAAUGAAGUCCCUCCGGCUCCUAAAGAGUCCUCAGCCAGUGAGGGCGCUGAUCAGAAAAUGAGUUCUUUUAAGGAAGAAAAAGAUAUAAAGCCAGUCAUUAAAGAUGAAAAAGGUCGUAUCAGCAGCAGUUCUGGUAGGAAUUUGUGGGUCAGUGGACUGUCCUCCACAACUCGAGCAACAGAUCUGAAGAACCUUUUCAGCAAGUAUGGAAAGGUUGUCGGAGCCAAAGUGGUGACCAAUGCCCGCAGUCCUGGGGCUCGGUGCUAUGGCUUUGUCACCAUGUCGACAUCUGAUGAGGCUACGAAAUGUAUCAACCAUCUCCACAGAACUGAGCUUCAUGGAAGAAUGAUCUCCGUAGAGAAGGCCAAAAACGAACCUGCUGGGAAAAAGCUGUCCGACAAAAAGGAGUGUGAAGUGAAGAAGGAAAAAGUAUCUAGUGUUGACAGACAUCAUCCUGUGGAGAUCAAAAUUGAAAAAACUGUAAUUAAGAAGGAAGAGAAGAUGGAGAAAAAGGAGGGGAAAAGGCCUGAAGACAUUAAAAAGGAAGAAAAAGAUGAAGACGAGCUAAAACCAGGAACUACAAAUCGGUCCAGAGUCACCAAAUCAGGAAGCAGAGGAAUGGAACGGACAGUAGUAAUGGAUAAAUCAAAAGGAGAGCCUGUCAUUAGUGUGAAAACCACAAGCAGGUCAAAAGAAAGAAGCUCCAAGAGUCAGGACCGAAAAUCAGAAAGCAAAGAGAAGAGAGACAUCUUGUCAUUUGACAAAAUCAAAGAGCAAAGGGAGCGAGAGCGCCAGAGGCAGUGGGAGCGGGAAAUCCGAGAGUCGGAGAGGCGGCGAGAGCGCGAGCAGCAGCAACGCCUGGAGGCCUGGAAGGAGAAGGCACGGCUGCACCGCCUGGAGGCCUGGAAGGAGAAGGCACGGCUGCACCGGGAGCGCCUGGAGCUUGAGUGCCAGCGUCACCUCCUGGAGUGGGAGCGCAUGGAGCGGGAACGGCUGGAACGAGAGCGUAUGCGAGUGGAGCGUGAGCGUAGGAAGGAGCAGGAGUGCAUUCAACGUGAGCGCGAGGAGCUGCGGCGUCAGCAGGAGCAACUGCGCUAUGAGCAGCGGCAGGGGCUCCGGAGGCCCCAUGAUGAUGGGAGGCGAGAUGAUGCCUAUUGGCCAGAAGGAAAACGUGUGGCCCUAGAGGACAGGUACCACCCAGACUUCCCUCGGUACGAUCACCGCUUCCACGACUUUGACCAUCGAAACCGAGGCCAGUACCAGGACCAUGCGGUCGACAGGAGGGAGGGCUCAAGGACAGUGAUGGGAGAGCGAGAUGGACAGCACUACUCAGAUGACCGCCAUGGCCAUGGAGGACCACCAGAGCGCCACGGCCGGGACUCUCGGGAUGGCUGGGGGGGCUACGGCUCAGACAAGAGGAUGACUGAGGGCCGGGGGCCACCACCUCCACCCAGAGGUGGACGUGACUGGACGGAGCACAGUCAGAGGCUAGAGGAGCACCAGGAGCGUGCCUGGCCAGGCAUGGUAGAGGCAGGCACAGCAGGCCGGGAGCAUGCCAGGUGGCUAGGUGCUGAGAGGGGCCUCUCUGGGCCCUCAGGGACAGGGCACAUGGCCAAUCGGGGUGGAAUGUCGGGGCAAGGCGGCUUUGCACAGGAUGGGCAUUCCCAGGGCCACGUGGUGCCCGGUGGAGAACUGGAAGAUGGAGCACUGGCCGGCCAGGACCGGGGCAACAGAGUCCCACCCCCCCACCCCCAUCCAUACCCCCACUUCACUCGCCGCUACUAAACCCCACUCCCUCCGCGUGUUCAGGUAGGCAGAUGCACUGUUGAAUUUCUUAGCCAGUUACCUUGAACUUGUGGAAUCUUUUAAGAAACAAAAACAAAUCCUGCCACCAUGUUGUAGCUUGGUAAUAUGUGAACUCAUUUUUUUUUUUAAUAAGCGUGUUCUUGUUCUGCCAUUUUUGAGAAGGUUUCUGUAAUGAGGCAUUCCAUUUUUCAUUAAUAAAAGUUUACGGUUCGCAUUUCA